AUGAGCGUGACGAAACGAAUGGCGAAAAAUCCAGCGAUAAACAACGACCGCGGGCUGUUGCUCAACACACGUGUGCAAAUGUUGAUUGCAGAGGCGGCGCGGCCCACGGUCACCUUACAAAACACCGAGGAUUGCACAAAGUUACCUCACACCGGCGAGGGCACCGGCCAUACGGCGCUGAGCUAUAGAGGCCAGCUCAGCUUGUACUCCACAACACUAUCGAUAUAA